UCAGCUCAACACCUGAAACCCUUCCCUCCCAGCCCUCCAACUCUUCAAAAUUAACCACCCUUCCUUCUUCUUUCUUCGUCAGUAUGGCCUCUUCCUUCUCUGUCCAUACUUUUUUCCUCCUUCCAUUCCUUCUACUGUUCUUCUGCUUCUUCUUUUUCUUAAUUUUGCGCCAAUUCCUUGUAAGGUUCAUCUUGUCAGGUGAUCGUUCGACUUGCUAUCGUCCAAAAAUGCACCCAUUCAUUGGAUGUUUGAUCUCCUUCUACAAAAACCAACACCGCCUGCUGGAUUGGUACACCGAGCUCCUCACGGCAUCGCCGACCCAGACGAUCGUGCUGGAGAGACUCGGAGCUCGGCGCAACGUCGUCACGGCGAACCCCGACAACGUUGAGUACAUGCUUAAGACCAACUUCGAUAAUUAUCCCAAGGGCAAGCCGUUCACCGACAUCCUCGGCGACCUCCUCGGUUGCGGCAUCUUCAACGCCGACGGCGAGCUCUGGCACACGCAGCGCAAGCUCGCUAGCCAUGAAUUCAGCACCAGAUCCCUCCGUGAGUUCGUCGUCAAAACUCUCGACAACGAGACCAAUCACCGGCUACUGCCGAUCCUCUCGUCGGCGUGCGCCGACCGCCGGACGGUCGACAUGCAGGACUUGCUCCGCCGGUUCGCAUUCGAUACCAUAUGGAAAGUCACACUUGGGACCGAUCCAGGCUUCCUCGAUCCCUCUCUGCCCAUGUCCGACCUCGCCGCCGCCUUCGAGGUUGCCUCCGGCAUAAGUGCUCGCCGGGGGGCCGCCCUGGUCUCGGCGGUGUGGAAGGUCAAGCGAGCAUUCGGUGUCGGCUCCGAAGGCCGGCUUCGAGCUUCCGUCAAGCUUAUACAUGAGUCGGUAAUGGCGAUAAUUCGACGAAGAAAGGAAGAGGCCGCCGGUGACAAGAGGCCGGAGAGCAGCGACCUCUUGUCAAGGCUGAUAUCUGGUGGUCAUAGCGAUGAAGUGAUCCGCGACAUGGUCAUCAGCUUCGUGAUGGCCGGGAGGGACACGACGUCGGCCGCACUCACAUGGUUCUUCUGGCUGAUGUCGUGCCACCCGGAGAUCGAACGAGAGGUGAUCAAAGAAGUAAAGAAUAUCCACAAAAGUAGAGAAUUAGAUCGCUAUCAGGAGCUGAAGGAGAUGAAAUUCUUGGAAGCUUGCUUGUGUGAGAGUAUGAGGUUGUAUCCGCCGGUGGCGUGGGACUCGAAGCAUGCGGCGAGCAACGACAUGCUGCCAGACGGGACGGAGGUGAGGAGGGGCGAUAGAGUGACGUACUUCCCUUAUGGGAUGGGAAGGAUGGAGAGAUUGUGGGGGAAGGAGUGGAAGGAGUUCGAGCCGAGGCGGUGGAUGGCGGCGGAGGGAAGGGAAGUGGCGAGGGUGUCGGCGUACAAGUUUGCGGUGUUUCAAGGUGGGCCGAGGGUGUGCUUGGGGAAGGAGAUGGCGUUUGUUCAGAUGAAGUACGUCGCGGCGGCGGUGCUCCGCCGUUUUGAGCUGAGGAGGGCGGGCGGGGAGCGGCGGCCGCCGGUGUUGGUGCCGCUGAUGACGGCCCACAUGGCUGGUGGAUUAAAAAUGGUGGUGGGGGGGAGAAGGGAGGUGGAUUGAUUCUAUUGGUUGCUUGAGUGCAGGAGGUUGUGACAAAGAUUGGAAUGAAUACUUCUAGCUAAUGUGAUAACUAGCUUUUUUUUUUUUUUUUGGCAUCUCAUGGACCCUAUUAUCAUAUUUGUUGUUGGUGUUGCUGCUUUUUCCCUUUUUGGUUAGAGUUUUUUUUUUGUAAAAAAAAUGGAGGUUGGGUGGAGCCAAGUAAAUAAAUGAUAUAUAUUGAUAAUAUAGUACACUUCAUAUACUUAA